UGGAAAAGAAAGGUGAGUAGGGAGCGAGAGAGAGGGAAGGAAUCAUAGACAGAUCUAGGCUAUAUAUACCGUAUGUACACUGCUGCAUGCUUCAGGGGAGCGGCAUCUCAGCCAAUGUGGACGAUAAUGCCAAUGCAUCAGUGAAAGGUGCUCCUUAUCCGGAGCAGUGUCGCCUGCGCCUUCCACUUGGAUCAAGGAACUUGCAAACCUACUCCCCUCUCUGACCUCCUCCUCUUAACCCCCAUUAUCCCCGCUGGAAGAGGAAGAGCAGGAGCACUAGGACCAGGAUAAGGCUCCCUGCUGCUAUUGCCAAUCCUCCACACCCCAUCUACCACCCCUGGCUCUUCCCAACGCUGUCUUUCGUUGCUUCCUGGCACUCUAAUCUUUGAGAGGAUUCAUUUUCGGGUGACUUUGUGAAGUCAGUCUGGCUACACAACAAAUAGUAGCAGUAAUGGCAGCGACGGCGAUGGCCAUGUCCACGCUCUCUACAUCUCUCGUCGCUCCCACUGUGGCCGCGUCACAGUCCGCCUUCCAGGGUGCAUCUGUGCGUAUCAACCACAUGCCUGCUUUGGGUAUUGUCAAGAGCCGCCCCCUCACCAUUGUGGCAGCUACCAAGAAAGCCGUGGCUGUGCUCAAGGGCAAUGCCAGUGUUGAGGGCGUUGUAACUCUUCUCCAGGAGGAUGAUGGUCCCACAAAGGUCAAUGUAAAGAUCACUGGCUUGACUCCCGGCAAGCAUGGAUUCCAUCUCCAUGAGUUUGGUGACACAACCAAUGGCUGCAUGUCUACUGGUCCUCACUUUAACCCUGAGGGCAAGACUCACGGUGCCCCAGAAGACGAUAAUCGACAUGCAGGAGACUUGGGCAACGUUAUUGCUGGCAAUGAUGGCGUCGUGGAGGUCACACUUGAGGACUCCCAGAUUCCUCUAUCCGGUCCACACUCCGUAGUUGGAAGGGCGUUCGUCAUCCACGAAGCUGAAGACGAUCUUGGAAAGGGUGGCCACGAGCUCAGCUCUACAACCGGCAACGCAGGAGGACGACUUGCUUGCGGUGUUGUGGGUCUAACACCUCUGUAAUUGCUUAAGCCUGUUGUAUACUAGGCUAUGUUCAAAAUGAAGCUUUUUUCUUUGUGGGAAGGGAGCCGCAUCGUCGAACUUCCUGCACAUUGUGGACAGUCUCGUGUGGAGUAAAUAACGUCCACCUUUUUAUCGGGAUUUCUUAGUCUCGGGUAUAUAUCCUUACUGUCUAGACAGCUAGGUGAGGGAGUUGCGGUGGACCUGCCUUGUGCUGUACUCUCAACGUGAACGUCAAUAUCAUUCAUUAUCUCUCGGGGCAAAUUGGCAGUGAA